CAUGUAAGGCUUUAUAAGUCAGCCCCCUUGGCAGUCUCGGCUCCGCCCCCAUCGAUCCUAUAUUAUAUAUAUUACGACUUACCCUUUUACACGCCAGACUUAGUAUACUUGCUUCAUCUACUUAUAUCAGCCUCUUCACAGGUACCUAACUUACAAAGUCGCAGAGAGCAUAAAAACAAAAUCAGAACAUGUCUAUCCCACUUAACAACUUAGACCGCGCAGACGACGGCCACGGAUACGAGCGCGGAAAGCCGUCCUUUGAGUACGAUCAGGAAUCGACAUCCACCGAGGUCGAGGAGCAGGAGCCGUUUAUUAGUCUCUCCAAACAGAACACUCCGACCCUUGAGUCCCAGGAGACAAGUGUGGAAGAACCCACCAUGCGUAGCUCGCUUAUGAAGCUCGGAAAGGGGAUGGGGACAUUUAUCGGAUAUGUAUUGAUUUUGGGCUUGUUUGCUGCGGCUGUUUUAACGACCGUGUUUGCCUUCAUGCGGCUCGUCGUCGCGCUGUGGCAGAAGAUCGGCUUGAUACCGAGUUAAGCGAAACUCCCCUCCGGUCCUAUAUUGAACCGUAUGCUGUCUUCUUUUCCGUGUCGAGAGACUUACUGGUCAUCGGCGCUGUCUAACGGGUUCUACGGCUGGGAACGCGGGAUGAUAAUAGUGUGGCUACCUAGUUAAGGGUAGUGGUAGAUCAACGACUCUCCAAAUUCGGCGAUGCUACUGAGGGUCGGAAGAGAGGAUGUACACCCCUUCGGCUUUUUCAAUGCUUCUCUAAUGACCUGAAGCUUUUACGUCAUGGGAAUAUUCCAUCGAUUAACCGGCAGCCCGAGGGCGGAUUGUAUAUUAACAGAUUAAUUUAUUAUAUACA